CUCUCACUCUCCCUCUCACCCUCAGUCGAGCGAGGCAGUGCUGCACGGGAACACGAGGGGCCUCUCUUCUCUCUCACUCUCACUCUCACUUCAUUCACUCAGCCUCUCUCUCUCUCUCUCUCUCUCUCUCUCUCUCUCUCUCUCUCUCUCUCUCUCUCAGCCAAGGAAACUUAAGCUAAACAUGGACGCCUAUUCGGAGGGGUCAUGGGGGGCGGCGAUCCCUCUCAAUUUAACCCUCAAUACUACGACCCCCUUUGACCUUCAUCCCGCCCCCCGUAACGACUCUCUCAGCCUUGUUAUAGACGACCCCAACGACAUGAACUACCCGUGGAAGUUCAUCCCGUUCUUCUACCUUCACAUCACCAUCUACUGCGUCACGCUGCUGCUGGGCGUGGUGGGCAACGUGGCCGUCAUCAUCCUCAUGGCAGGAGACAGGAAAUCACGCAGCACCACCAACAUGUUCCUGGUGUCCCUGAGCGUGGCUGACCUGCUGAUGCUGCUGCUGUGUGUGCCGCUCAAGACUGUGUACUUCUUCGUGGUGCUGUGGGAUUCUGGCGGCGCGGCGUGCAAAGUUGCCAACUACGUGAUGAUGCUUUCCUUCACCGCCAGUGUGCUCAACCUGACGGCAGUCAGUCUGGAGAGGUUCAUCGUCAUUGUGUUCCCUAUGCGCUCUCGUUCCCUGUGUACGAUGAGCAACUGUCGGCGGUCAGUCAUAGUGGUGUGGGUAACCUCUCUGCUUCUGGCCAGCCCCGUCAUCUCUAUUAUGAGGGUGGACACGGUGGACUUCACAGACAGGGAGAACACAGUGCUAAUCACCGCCUAUUACUGCAAGGAAAAGGACUCAAUAGCCUUCUUAACCUACCAACUCCUCGUCCUCUUCGUCAUACCAGCUCUCCUCAUGAUCAUCUUCUACGCCUCCGUCAGUAGAGAGCUGUGGCGGUCAACGAAGACGAUCAAAGCUCUCACUAAUUAUUCGAUGGGACGGGGUUCAGACACCUACUACCUGCGCGUAACAGGAGGAGAGGAGCUUAACUUCAGAACCAGCAGGAGAUAUGGAAGGAGCACUACCCCCACCACCACCACCAGCACCACCACCACCACCACCAGUAACGGAAGGAUGAGGAGGACGGAAGGAAGGAGUGGUGUAGGAUAUUUGUACGUCCCUGUGUCCCACCACCGCUCCCGCACUCCUUCACCUGGUAUCCUACGCCACAAAGGGAAGGAGAAAGGGGAGGAUGUGAAGAAGGCAAGAAAACAGGUGAUCAAGAUGCUGAUAGUGGUGGUGGUGCUGUUCCUGCUGUGCUGGGGACCAAACCUCGUUAUGAAGGUGUGCAUCAACCUUGGACUCAAGCAGUUUAAUGAGGUCUUCUACAACUUCAACAUCGUCUUCGUUCUGCUUCCCUUCAUUCACUGCUGCAUCAACCCUAUCAUCUACUGCUCUAUGUCCAAGAACUUCAGAAGGUCAAUGAAGAAAGCUGUUCCCUGCCGGAGUUCCUGCUGUGAGCCCCGUCCCGCCCCUGCCAACUUGCUGAAUAGAGUGGUGACGAAAAGUGUAUAUUCCUCCUGCUCUCCUGAAGGCACGAGACACACGGACUUUGAAACGAUGUCCAGUAUUUAAGUGGUGGUGGUGGUGGUGGUGGUGUUCCGCAGGGUUAUAGUCCCGUGGUGUUGUAGGCUCUUGGGUGUGUUGGUGGUGGUGGUGGUGGUGGUGUUCCGCAGGGUUAUAGUCCCGUGGUGUUGUAGGCUCUUGGGUGUGUUGGUGGUGGUGGUGUUCCGCAGGGUUAUAGUCCCGUGGUGUUGUGGGUGGGUGUGUUGGUGGUGGUGGUGUUCCGCAGGGUUAUAGUCCCGUGGUG